AAGGAUAAGGUGACACAGAGAGGGGAAAGAAAGAAAUAAAGAAGAAGAAGAAGAAGAAGAAGAAGAAGAAAAUAUUCAUUUGAGAGAGUAGAGAAGCAUGGCGGUCAUCCCUUCUCUUUCUUUACUUGGAAACAGCAGCAGCAGCAGCUCCUUGUAUUCGUGGCGUGAGCUUUCUCUAUGCCCCAAAUUCCCAGCAGCGAAAAGUACCCCGUCUUUCCUUACAAUCCAAGCGAAAGCUGCAACAAGGAGAGAGAAUAGGACUGCCCGUCAUAUUCGUAUCAGGAAGAAGGUUCAGGGAACUCCAGAGAGGCCAAGGAUGUGUGUUUUCCGUUCCAACAAACAUAUUUAUGUCCAGGUGAUAGAUGAUACUAAGAUGCAUACACUUGCUUCGGCUUCAACUGUGCAGAAACCUGUCUCAGAGGAGUUUGAUAUCACUUCGGGAGCCACCAUUGAAGUUGCAAAGAAGAUAGGUGAAGUCAUUGCCAAGUCUUGUUUAGAAAAAGGAAUAAUGAAAGUGGCAUUUGAUCGAGGUGGUUACCCUUACCAUGGACGUAUUGAAGCUCUUGCGGAUGCUGCACGGGAACAAGGUCUUCAGUUCUGAAAUUUGGAUCUGGUAGUCUCUUCAUUCUUUUUGAGCAAACCCAAAUCCUAUGUUGGAUUUUAUUUAUCUUGAUGAAUGUAGGAGUGAAUGAUUGUUUGUUUUAUGGGGAGUCUUCAUGUCCAUAAUCAGAAACUUUGAAUGAGAUCUGUUUGUUCCGGGUUACUUCAAAUGGAGAGUGUUCACUGUUGCA